UGUAAACAUCGUCUGCUUCACUGCACUUUGAGACAACUUUUCACUUCUUACUUUCUGAAAAUUCAUGAGAUGCAGCUGUCUUGUUGUGAGGAGUUACUUCCCCUACAGUGGUACGACAACCUGUCCCCUGAUGCUCAGCGGGUGAUGUUGUCACUACAGAGGAAGUACACCAAGAUGCGAGACCAAAUCCUGCUGUCACAAAUGAAGAAGGAGCGUAUGUCUCAGGAUCCAAAUGAAUACUACCGAUCACUCUAUUCUCAUCAGUUCAAGGCUGAGCCUACUCCCAGUCGACCUAAGACCAACACCAACUAUCAAAUUCAGAGACUGAGAAGUAACAACGAUCUUAUCAACUCUCAAAGAACUGGUUCCCAUUUCCAACUGAGCACAGAUGAACCUAUCCACAUUAAAACAGAACCGCCAGAUUCACCAUGUUUCACUGAUCAUAUUUUUAAGAGACCUUUUGAAUUUGCACAGAAAAGUGAAAUACAUGUCUUGCAGCCACAUGCAGCCGAAAAUGUCCCUACCAUAAACCAGAAAACAUGUUUUGAUCAGAGUUCUUCAACAAAAAAUGAAUUCCCUGCUCACACAUAUGACCUUGAUGCUAUGAGCCUUUUAGCAGCCAAUGACCGAGAAAGGACAAAACUGGAAAAAAGGAAAAGAUCAGAUGCAUCAUCACAUGAGGAAUUUAAUAGAACAAAGCAACUGAGAGCAUAUGAUUUAAGUAUUCAGGACAGAGCUGGACCCGAAAAACCUUCAAAUCUUUGUAUGGAAAAUAAUCUCAGAAGUUCCAUUUCAGAAUGCCCCAAAAGAUCACAAUCAGUAGUGGAUGCGAUGCCAGAGACAUCUUUCAACCUUGGCUUCUUGGAACAAUGUGAAUUAACCCCAGUUCCUCCCUUGCCUCUAGAAGCUGAUAUCUCCACCAUGGCAAUCGAUGAGGAUCUGUAUUUGGCAUCUCAAGAUCUGUUCACGUCCCAGGUAGAACCUGUGCAAGUCAGCAGUGAUGAGAUAACCUUUGAUCAAAAGCAAGAGGUUAAUGUACAGAGGAUGCAGAUUCAGAAGGAACAGGAACUGAGCAUUGUCCACGUAGAACAUGACUCAAGGAGGAGUGAGGAUGUUCCAUGUGAUCUGGUUGACCACAGUUACAAGAAUCAGUGCCUACAGAUAGAAUCUUUAAAUCCUACCAGUUAUUCCAGGGAGGAGCAUACUGAGACUACUUUCAUUAUUGAUGGGACCACAAACCAUGGUAUGAUACCAGGGGACCCUAUUUCAGCUGAGCAGAGAGACAAGUAUGAGAUGGAAGACAGGAAUAUAAAUAGAGUAGAAGUUGUUGUAGCUGAUAAACAAAGGACUUCAGUUAUGCAGACAGAAGGUCAAAGUCACAUUGAAAACUAUUUUCAAAGGCAACCCUGCUCUGUUGCUAGGAAACUGGAAUUAAACAAGCAAAUGAGGGAAACAGAGAGAAAAAAGAUAGGAUCAACAUCCAUGACAGGAGAAAAAAGCAACACUGACAAGACUCCCAAGAUUCCUGAUUUUUGCAAAGCAAAGAGGUCAAAAAUGGCCUGUGGAAAACAAACUGAUCAGUUAAAUCAACACCAAACAUCAGUCGGAGAUGCCAGUGUUAUUCAGGUGCAACACUUGUCAGAGCAGUCUAGGAACAGAAUGAGAGAAGACAUCUGCAGCAGUCAGUCAGUGUGCCUUAGUCUUGUGUAUUCAGACAAUACUACUAGCAUGAGAUGCUUCCAGCCAUCAGGGCUAAAGGUGAAGUUUGUAGCUGUGAAAGUGUUUGCUGUGAAGUCCCAUCCAGGAUCUUUUGUGGCUCUGUUCUCCUGCACGGCAGACGAUACAUCUUACCUGAACUGGUUCAAAAAUCUGAUCUUAGAGAUAAUGGAGAAUAAUAACAUUGAGAAAAUUGUGAUGAAUGGAAAGCAAGUAUGUGUUGAACUGCUCAAGCUUUUGGAAGAAAACUGGCAGAAGGAUUGCUCUUCAUGGACACUGCUGGAUCCAGUAGUUGGUUCCUGGCUACUGAAUUCUGAUAAACCAUCUCGGUGUCUACAAGAUGUCAUCAAGGAGUCCGGAGUCCGACAGACUAUCAGUGUGAUUCACGAUGGUGUAAAAAGUUUGGACGCUGAUCUAAGCCUUCUCCAUGACAUGAUGACCAAGAUGAGAGAGCGGCUAUGGUCACAUGGUCUUUGGGGGUUAUUCUGCAACAUCGAGACACGUCUGAUUCCCUUGUUAGCUCAGCUCGAGAUGCAGAGAUUCAAAGUCAACACAGCAACAUUUGUUGCCUUUUCUAAUAUACUAAAGAAAAAGCUUACAAAGUUGGAAGAGAAAGCCUUUGCUUCAGCAGGACACAGUUUCUGUAUCAACAGCCAUCCUCAGCUAAGACAGGUGCUGUAUGAAGAGCUGCGACUGGAUGAGAAGUUACCAGGUAGGAGUAGGAUAGCGAAGACCACUGUGGCACAUCAGAAGUCAACCUCUGAAGCCACCUUGACCCAGCUGAAGGACACUCACACUCUACCAGCAAUAGUGUAGGAAUAUAGGCAGCUCCAGAAGUUGAAGUCUACAUAUGUGGAUGGGAUGGCAUCGUGUGUGAGGAAAGGCUACCUGUCCACCCACUGGGACCAGACAGCUGCUGUCACUGGGAGACUCACAUCGUUCCAGCCCAACAUACAGGCCAUCCCUAAGGUCCCUGUCACCAUCACAGAUGUUCAUGACAACUUUAUUGUUGGUAAAGUUUGUGAGCAAACCACACAGAUCUUUGCACGAGAACCGUUCAUCAGCCAUGAGGGGCACCUGUUACUGGCAGCAGAUUUCCAGCAGAUAGAGUUACGACUGUUAGCACACCUGGCUGAUGACCAAGUCCUUCUGGGUAUCUUCAACAACCCCCAACUUCAUGACAUCUUUAUUGAACUCACAUCACAAUGGUUGGGCAAGUCAGCUGAUGAAGUCAGUCCACCAGAGAGAGAACAGACCAAGAGAAUAGUCUACUCAGUCAUGUAUGGAGUAGGCAAAGAAAAGUUGGCUGAUUAUCUCAAAGUGAGCUCCAACAAUGCCAAGGCUAUCAUGACCAGUUUCCUCACAAAGUUCCCUGCAGUAAACAGCUUCACAAAGAAGUGUGUUGAUUUCUGCCAACAACAUGGUUUCACACAUACAAUUUUCAAGAGGAAACGUCUUAUCCCGAACAUUAACCACCCAUCUCAUCAACUGAGGGCACAGGCUGGGAGGCAGGCUGUUAAUUUCUGCGUUCAGGGAUCAGCUGCUGAUUUGUGUAAGGCAGCCAUGCUACAAGUCCAAAGCCAUCUCAACAAGCAUGGCAUGAGUUCCAAAGUUAGACUUCUGGCCCAGAUCCACGAUGAGCUUUUGUAUGAGGUGGAGGAGGAACACCUAGACACAGUCAAAGGUAUUGUGAAAGAUGUCAUGGAAGACAGCGGAGGUCUGUGUGGAGACAUGACUAAACUCAAUGUUCGGAUCCGAGUGUCUCUCAGUACUGGUACAUCAUGGGCACAUCUACAGUCUUCUGAAUAGACCUGUGACUUUCAACCAUCAGUUUAAGCCAUUGGACUGAUAUGUGAUUAUUAGUUUUGACCAUUAGACUGACAUGUGAUUAUCAGUUUAAGCCAUUAGAUUGACGUGAUUAUCAGGUAAGACCAUCAUACUGACAUGUGAUGAUCAGUUUAGACCAUAAAGUUGACAUGUUACCAUCAGUUUAGACCAUGAUGCUGACAUGUGACCAUCAGUUUAGACCAUGAUGCUGACAUGUGACCAUCAGUUUAGACCAUGAUGCUGACAUGUGACCAUAAGUUUAGACCAUGAUGCUGACACGAACAUCAGUUUGGACCAUAAUACUGACAUGUGACCAUCAGUUUAGACCAUGAUGCUGACAUGAACAUCAGUUUGGACCAUGAUGCUGACAUGUGACCAUUAGUUUAGACCAUAAUGCUGACAUGUGACCAUAAGUUUAGACCAUAAUGCUGACAUGUGACCAUUAGUUUAGACCAUAAUGUUGACAUGUGACCAUUAGUUUAGAUCAUGAUGCUGACAUGUGACCAUCAGUUUAGAUCAUGAUGCUGACAUGUGACCAUCAGUUUAGACCAUAAUGCUGACAUGUGACCAUUAGUUUAGACCAUAAUGCUAAAUAAAUGCAAAUUGUUUUUGGAAUGUAA